CUCUCUACAUCCAUGGUUCUCUCUCUACAUCCAUGGUUCUCUCGCUACAUCCAUGGUUCUCUCUCGGUGUUCCUGAGACAGUCUGUGUGAGCAGCUGAUCCAUCGUCUGUGUCUCUGGAUGAACCUCUGACUUUGUGCUCUUUCUUCUGAAGCCUUUAGCUCGGACUCUAGAAGCUAGCUUAGCAUGCUAGCUGGUAACACGCUAGCAACACAGAGUGAGAGAAACAGGAAGUGGUGAUUUAGUAAACAUGAGUGUUGUGCUGCUCUCGUUGGUGAAGCAGCGACUCACUGCGGCUGCUGAAGACAUCUUUGUUCUGUUUGAAAGAACGAUAGCAGAGUACGAGGAGGAACUGUCUCGUUCAAAACAGGAGAACGAGAGACACCGGAAACUACUGGACGCUGUUUUACAGCCUCAGCUUCAGAUCCACAGAACAGACGUCCAGCAGCUGGUGGUGGUUAAAGAAGAGGUUCCCCCUGAGCAGCAGGAGUGGAGCUCCAGUCUGGACCAGGAGGACCCAGAGCCCCCCCCACACAUUAAAGAGGAGCAGGAGGAACUCUGGAGCAGUCAGGAGGGAGAGCAGCUUCAAGGGCUGGAGGAGGCUGAUAUCACCAAGUCCACAUUCACUCCUGUCCCUGUGAAGAGUGAAGAUGAUGAAGAGAAACCUCAGUCCUCUCAGCUUCAUCAAAGACAAACUGAACACAUGGAAACAGAAGCUGAUGGAGAGGACUGUGGAGGACCAGAACCAGCCAGGAACUCAGAUCCAGAGAGACAUUUACAACCAGAGACUGAGGACAAACCUGGAGACUCUUCUGAACCUGACACUGAAGGCAGUGCUGAUUGGAAGGAGACCAGAGAACCAGGUUCAAACUCUCAGAGAAAUAAACAAGACCAUGUCAGUGAUUCAAGACGUAGUGCAGGAGAGAAAACAUUCAGCUGCUCAGUCUGUGAGAAAUAUUUUGCAGAGAGAGGUUUACAGAGACACAUGAGAAUCCACACAGGAGAGAAACCAUUCAGCUGCUCAGUCUGUGAGAAAUAUUUUACACAGAGUGGAGAUUUAAAUAGACACAUGAGAAACCACACAGGAGAGAAACCAUUCAGCUGCAGUUUUUAUUACAAUCAGCUCAUUUAG